AUGUCCCUCCCGCGCUCCCGCACCCGCUGGGUGAGCGACUUCUUCUCCUACGAGACCACCAAGUCGGUGGUGGUGAAGAGCUGGGUGGUGGGCGUCGUCAACCGCGGCGUCCAGCUCCUCAUCCUCGCCUACUUCGUCGGCUGGGUGUUCCUCCAUGAGAAAGCGUACCAGGUGCGGGACACCGCCAUCGAGUCCUCCGUGGUCACCAAGGUGAAGGGCGUGGGGCGCUACGCGGGGCAGGUGAUGGACACGGCCGACUACGUCACGCCCCCCCAGGGCACCUCAGUGUUCGUGGUGGUCACCAAGCAGAUCCGGACCGAGGACCAGGCGCAGGGCGUGUGCCCGGAGAGCGAAGCCGCGUUCCACUGCUCGGCGGACCGGGACUGCCGGGAGCUGAGCCCGGGCACGAGCAACGGGCUGCUGACAGGGCGCUGCGUCCCCUACAACGCGACCCUGCGCACCUGCGAGAUCCAGGGCUGGUGCCCACCCGAGGUGGACACUGUUGACGUCCCCGUCAUGCUGGAAGCUGAGAACUUCACCCUCCUCAUCAAGAACAGCAUCCGCUUCCCGCUCUUUGGCUUUGAGAAGACCAACCUGCCACCCCCUGGCAGUGGGGUGGAGCUGGGCCGGUGUCGCUUCCACCCACAGCUGCAGCCUCUGUGCCCCAUCCUGCGCCUGGGGGACGUGGCACGUCUGGCUGGGCAGGACUUCCCUGCGCUGGCUGCCACCGGGGGGGUGCUGGGGAUCAAGAUCGGGUGGGUGUGUGACCUGGACCGGGCCUGGGAGCGCUGCCUGCCCCGCUACUCCUUCACCCGCCUGGACAGCCUGGCCCGGACCCCUGCCCCUGGAUACAACUUCAGGCACGCCAGGUACUACCGCUGGCCUGACGGCUCCGAGCGCCGCACCCUCAUCAAGGCCUUUGGGAUCCGCUUCGAUGUCCUGGUGUAUGGCAGCGCCGGGAAGUUCGGCAUCGUCCCCACCCUCAUCAACACGGUGGCUGCUUUCACCUCCAUCGGCGUGGGCACGGUGCUGUGCGACAUCAUCCUGCUCAACUUCCUCAAGGGCGCUGAGCACUACAAGGCCCGCAAGUUCGAGGAGGUGUCAGAGGCCGGCGUGCCCGCCACCCCCUCAGCGUGUCCCCCCGGGGCGCUGGGGACCUGCUCCCGGGACAAGCAAUCCACCGACUCGGGCACCUUCUCCCUCGGCCUCUAG